AUGUAUAUAUUCAAUACAAAGACAAGUCGAUGUUCUUUAUGUUAUGCACUUUUAUCCACAAAUACCAAUCCAACUAGUUCUACAGUCACUUAUUCGUCGUCAUCCUUAAAUAGACGAUAUGCGACUCGGUGUUCGAUAUCGUCAAUCGAACGAUUAAUAUCAUCUUCCAUUAAAUUCGAACGCCUAUGGCGUAAAAAUGAAAAUGGUUUAAUUAAUAAUCGUUCUAUAUGUUUCCGAUGUUGCGGUACAAUACGACAAAUAGAACAAAUUCAAAAUGAUAUUGAACAACUUAAUAAUGAUAAAAAAUUACUUAUGAAUAAAAUUAAACAUAAUCUUUCGAAACGUGCACAUAUUUUACAAGGUCAACGACAUCAGAACAAUAGUUUUCUCACUAAUCAUCAAGAAAGUCCUCUCUAUGAAGAUGAUGACACAGAAGAAGGCGAAGAAAAACCUCGAACAGUAAUAACAACUAAUGGAAAUGGACAUUCUUCUCCUUUAAUAAUACCACCACCAACAACAUUAGUCGGUGCUAAACGACGCAAAUGUAAUAUAGCUCAUAAAAUAAAUCUUGAAAAUAAACCUAUUGAAUCCCCAUUUUUAUCAUUCAAUCAUCUGAAACAAUCAAAUACUGCGAUAGCUCAACCAACAACAAAAUUUCUUUCGCCCAAUCUUAUCUUCGAUUCACAGUCAUCAAAACAUCAUCGAUCAAAUUUAUUUUCAUCUGGUAUUAAUGGUCAUGAUUUAGCAAAUUUAUCAUUUGGUUCUUCAUAUAAACCUUUAGCUCUAACAAAUACAUCAUCAUCAUCAUCAACAACAACACCCCAAUUUCUUGAUCCAGCAACAGGAGCAUUAAUUGCCAUCGUUUCAAAUCCACAUCAUGCUGCGCUACUUGCUCAACAACAUCAACAAAUUCUUAAGUCAUCAUCAUCUAUCUCACCAUCAUCAAUUGAUACAAUUGUUGAUCAUGAAAUAAUUUCUACUAAACCAACUCCACUACCAAAGAAAUUUCCAUGUCUUCUAUGUGGACGGGAUUUCUCAAAUAAAUCAAAUUUAAAUCGUCAUCAUAGUAUUGUUCAUGUUGCUCUAAGAAAUUUUGAAUGUAUACGUUGUCCAAAAAAAUUCAAAUUACGACAAGGUCUCAAAACACAUAUGCAACGAUGCCAUGGUGUUAAUGCAGAUGAACCAACAUUUGUUUUACAAAAACAUCGUUUACAUAAUCAUCAUCAUCAUCCUUCAUCACCACAAGUUAUUGCUCAAACGAAUAAAUAA